AAACGCGUGUGCAGAUCCAGGAGUCGGUUCGAGGCAAAGAUGUCUUCAUCAUCCAGACAGUGUCUAAGGAUGUGAACACUACCAUCAUGGAGUUGCUGAUCAUGGUGUAUGCGUGCAGGACUUCCUGUGCCAGGAGCAUCACCGGGGUUGUACCCUACUUCCCCUACAGUAAACAGUGUAAGAUGAGGAAGAGAGGCUCCAUUGUCUCCAAGCUGCUGGCCUCCAUGAUGUGUAAAGCAGGUCUGACCCAUCUCAUCACCAUGGAUCUUCAUCAGAAGGAGAUUCAGGGUUUCUUCAACAUCCCAGUAGACAACCUGAGAGCUUCACCCUUCCUACUGCAGUACAUACAGGAGGAGAUUCCUGACUAUAGAAAUGCAGUGAUAGUGGCCAAAUCUCCAGCCUCAGCCAAAAGGGCCCAGUCGUUUGCAGAGCGGUUGCGUCUGGGUAUAGCAGUGAUCCACGGAGAGGCCCAGGAUGCUGAGUCAGACCUGGUGGAUGGAAGACACUCCCCUCCUACUGCCAAGACUAGUGGAGUCCUAGACCUCAGACUGGAGAUCCCAGCGUUGAUCCCCAAAGAGAAGCCUCCCAUCACGGUGGUAGGGGACGUAGGAGGCCGCAUCGCUAUCAUCGUGGAUGACAUCAUAGAUGAUGUGGACAGUUUCGUGGCGGCGGCAGAGACGUUGAAGGAGCGUGGAGCGUGCAAGAUCUUCGUCAUGGCAACGCACGGCAUACUUUCCUCCGAUGCACCAAAACUCAUAGAGGAGUCUGCCAUCGACAAGGUGGUGGUAACCAACACUAUUCCCCAUGAGCAUCAGAAGCUGCAGUGCGCUAAGAUCCAGACGGUGGAUAUCAGCCUGAUCCUUUCUGAAGCCAUCAGACGCAUCCACAGCAGAGAGAGCAUCUCCUGCCUGUUCAGACACAUAGGACUGGAUGACUGAACACACACAGAGAGAGCAUCUCCUGCCUGUUCAGACACAUAGGACUGGAUGACUGAACACACACAGAGAGAGCAUCUCCUGCCUGUUCAGACACAUAGGACUGGAUGACUGAACACACA